AUGAAUUGGGGAAACGAGAGCGCCCCCCAGGAGUUCGUUCUGUUGGGUUUCUCAGAUCGGCCGUGGCUGGAGUUCCCGCUCUUUGUGGUCUUCCUGGUCUCCUACAUCUUGACCAUCUUUGGCAACGUGGCCAUCAUUCUGGUUUCCCGCCUGGACUCCAAACUCCACACCCCCAUGUACUUCUUCCUCACCAACCUGUCACUCCUGGACCUCUGCUACACCACAAGCACAGUCCCGCAGAUGCUGGUAAACAUAUGCAGCACCAGGAAGACAAUCAGUUACGGCGGCUGCGUGGCCCAGCUUUUCAUUUUCCUGGCCUUGGGCUCCACGGAAUGCCUGCUGCUGGGCGUCAUGUCCUUCGACAGGUUUGUGGCCAUUUGCCGGCCUCUCCACUACUCAGUCAUCAUGCACCAGAGGCUCUGCCUGCAGCUGGCAGCCGCAUCCUGGGUUAGUGGCUUCAGCAACUCCGUGUUGCAGUCCACCUGGACCCUUCAGAUGCCCCUGUGCGGCCACAGGGAAGUGGACCACUUCUUCUGUGAAGUGCCCGCGCUGCUCCAGCUGUCCUGUGUCGACACGACGGCAAACGAGGCAGAGCUGUUCUUCAUCAGCGUGCUCUUCCUUUUGAUACCUGUGACACUCAUCCUCAUAUCGUACGCUUUUAUUGUCCAGGCAGUGUUGAGAAUGAAGUCGGCUGAAGGUCAGCGGAAGGCGUUUGGGACCUGUGGCUCCCACCUCAUUGUGGUGACACUGUUUUACGGGACAGCCAUCUACAUGUAUCUGCAGCCACCAUCCCCGGCCUCCAAGGACCGGGGCAAGAUGGUUUCUCUUUUCUAUGGAAUCAUCACACCCAUGCUGAACCCCCUCAUCUACACGCUUAGGAACAAGGAGGUAAAGGGGGCUUUUAAGAGGUUGAUUGCAAGGGUCUUAUUAAAAAAAAUGAAACACACAAGUGGUAGACCAUGUUAA